CCCCGGAACUCAUCCCCCUGCAGUCACUAAGGUGCUUAGAGUUUCCGGUCUCUAACUGGGUGCAGAAUACCUCCACCCCAUCCCCUCGUGAUGGUCAGAGGACAACUUGCACAAGUCUGGUCUCUUUCACCAAGCUGAUCCCCGGGAUAGAACUCAGAUUGUCAAGUUUGGCGGCAAGCGCCUUCUGCGCUGCCUUUCAUGGACGUGAAAUCGGAGCGCGCACAUAGCUUCUUAGCUUCUCUAAAAAUACGGAAUGGGCACAAGGAAAAGAUGAGGCUCGAACCUUCGUUGCGAUAUAUAUAUAUCCUGCAUUUUUUUCCACUAUUGAGUCAGAUACCUGUUGCUCUAGGAACCGAAAUUUUUGCUCUGUGUUUCUGCGGGACACUCUGGCACUGUACACACGUCGUUUCCCUUAGAUCAGCCAAUAGGAAUCAAGGUCUAUAGAGAGAGGGCGGGACCUCCUAAUAGGUGAUCCAAUUGUAGUUGAGAGUCGUACCGCCAGUCACGCCGCAAAGGGGCAGAACUUCUAGAACUUAAAGCGGUGCAAGUGUGUCGGCCAAGGUGCUUGCAAAUUGGAAAUCCAUGUGGCGUGGGCUGAGCGCCCUGGCGACCCAGGCGGCGUGGGCGCCCCUCAGGCUGUGCGCACGCUGCAGCACCGGUGCAGAAUCCUUGGUCCCCAGGAGCACCAUCUUCGCGCUCAGCUCCGGCCAGGGACGCUGCGCCAUCGCAGUGAUCCGCACCAGCGGCCCAGCUAGCGGACUCGCGCUCCGCAGCCUCACGGCGCUCCGCGAGCCGCCUCCCGCCCGCAAAGCCUGCCUGCGCCUUCUUCGCCACCCGUGCUCCGGGGAGCCACUGGACCGCUCCCUCAUCCUCUGGUUCCCAGGCCCCCACAGUUUCACGGGUGAGGAUUGCGUGGAGUUGCACGUACAUGGAGGUCCUGCGGUGGUUAGCGGCGUCCUGCAGGCAUUGGGUAGUGUUCCAGGUCUGAGGCCAGCGGAGGCCGGGGAGUUCACCAGGAGGGCAUUUGCCAACGGCAAGCUGAGUCUGCCUGAAGUGGAGGGACUGGCAGAUCUGAUCCAUGCAGAAACCGAGGCCCAGCGCCGACAGGCCCUGAGGCAGCUGGAUGGGGAACUGAGCCAGCUGUGCCAGGGCUGGGCGAAGGCCCUCACCAAGGCUCUGGCCCAUGUGGAGGCUUACAUCGACUUCGGAGAGGAUGAUAAUUUGGAAGAGGGUGUGCUGGAACAGGCCGACAGAGAUGUGCGAGGCGUGGAGGCGGCGCUGGGUUCCCACCUGCGAGAUGCUAGGCGUGGACAGAGGCUCCGCUCCGGGGCAAACGUUGUGGUCACUGGUCCACCCAAUGCGGGCAAGAGCAGUCUGGUGAAUCUGCUCAGCCAGAAGCCAGUGUCCAUCGUAUCCUCAGAGCCGGGGACCACCCGAGACGUGCUCGAGACUCCCGUGGACCUGGCUGGGUUCCCUGUCUUGCUGAGCGACACCGCGGGGCUUCGAGAAGGCGUGGGCGCUGUCGAGCAGGAGGGUGUGCGCAGGGCCCACCAGAGGCUGGAGCAGGCCGACAUCAUCCUGGGGGUGCUGGACGCCUCCGACCUGGCCUCCGCCUCCAGCCGCAGCUUCCUGGACACUGUGGUGGCCCCACUGGUAGCACAAAGCCACAACAGUGGUGGGCAGCGCCUCCUACUGCUGCUCAACAAGUCUGAUCUGCUGUCUGCUAAUGCCCCGGCCUGCGACACAGCCCUGCCUCCUCACCUGCUCAUGUCCUGCCACAGCGGAGCUGGGAUGGACCACCUCCUGCAGGCCCUGAAGACUGAGCUGGCUGUGGUGUGUGGGGACCCAACCACCGGACCACCGCUCUUGACCCGGGCUAGGCACCAGUACCACCUCCAGGGCUGCCUGGAUGCCCUGGGCCACUACCAGCUGGCCACAGACCUGGCUCUAGCGGCCGAGGCCCUGCGCCAGGCUCGGAGACAACUAAACCACCUCACAGGUGGAGGGGGAACCGAGGAGAUCCUGGAUCUCAUCUUCCAGGACUUCUGUGUGGGCAAGUGAAGUCCAGAGCCUGGGACUCAGCCUCAGAGCGCCCACAAAGUCGUUAUCCAUGAUGGCAGACCGAACGGAGGGUAGGAGAGCACUGGGGGUCUGCAGCCUUCCACGGCAAGGAGAGAGAGGCCAGGGAUCCAAGUUGGAGCCUCGCCUGAUGUCAGGAUUAAGGCCCGCAUCACCUUGCCAAGUGUCUGUAAGAUGUAGUGCUGGAGGUGAAACCUGUGUGUGUUGUGUGCUGAGCCACACCCUCUGCCCAUGGGGGGUGGAGGGGGAUUCUGGGCAGAGGCUCCACCCCUGAGCCACACCCUCUGCCCCUUACUGGCUGGUUCUAGUCAGGGGUUCCACCCCUAAGCCACCCCCCCUAGCUUCGUAUUUUUUUUUGUUUUAAUUACCAAAGGAGAAUGAAGAGUUCGAGUAAUCCAGAAAUGACCCAGAAAUAUGUGUUCACAAGGAUCAGUCAGCCUUACCUUCCGGAACUUUGCUGAUGCAUUUUCAUUUAUGGCGUAGUUUGCCAAUUAAACACAUUUAUUUAUUUUUCCUUCUAUAGUA